AUGACUGGAUGGGACAACGGUGUCCUUUUCACAAUACAAAAGGUCGCCUUACCCGUUCAGCCCCUUCCCAUAGGCCCCAACCCUGUCCUCAACCCACGGGCCAAGAUAGACCUGAUUCCGUCUGCUGAGCCCUCGGCUACACCAGGAUUGGCGACUCUAGAAACACCCGGUGCCCCUGGGGCCUCCAUACUUGACACCCUUACUGCGGUGUAUGUGUAUUCCGAGGAGGGGGCCACCGAACACUUUGGCCUACCCCGCUCCAGAAGGGCAGCCCCUAUCUUAGUGCCCUUGCUGGUGGGGCUCGGGGUGGCCGGGUCUGCAGCCGUGGGAACAACCGCCCUACUGUUGGCAUCCUGGCCCUAUUUCAAAUUAAAUUUCCACAGCCCCAUCGAACCUAGGGGAGACUCCGCACCCCCGCUGGGCUCCAGAAAGGGUCUCGGGGCACGGUUCCCUUCUGCGCAAUCCACCACCGGCCAACGGUCACCCCGAGGCCUCUGCUCACUCUCGGGGUACCGCUGCCUGCCGAAAAUGCUCCCUGUGGCUUCCCGCGUGCUGAGGAGCGCCUCCCCAAAACCGCCGGGAAGAGAGCUGUUGGCAGCCCGUAACUUUGUAAACGAAGCUUCGUUUGAUAUUAAGAAAUGCUCCCUUCAUCGUCUGGAGGAGGGCCCUCCCGUCCAAGCAGUUCUCACUAGAGACGAAGGACUCAAGUACUACAAGAACAUGCAGACUGUGCGUCGGAUGGAACUGAAGGCAGACCAGCUGUACAAGCAAAAGAUCAUCCGUGGUUUCUGCCACUUGUACGACGGUCAGGAAGCGUGCUGUGUGGGGAUCGAGGCCGCUAUAAACCCUUCGGACCACGUGAUUACAGCCUAUCGCGCUCACGGCUUUACCUACGGCCGUGGACUUUCGGUCCGAGCAAUCCUGGCCGAGCUCACGGGACGGAAAGGGGGCUGCGGGAAAGGCAAGGGAGGAUCGAUGCACAUGUACGCCAAGAACUUCUACGGGGGCAACGGCAUUGUCGGGGCUCAGGUGCCGGUGGGAGCUGGCGUUGCCCUGGCCUGUAAGUACACGGGAAAAGAGGAAGUCUGUUUCACUUUGUACGGAGACGGCGCCGCUAAUCAGGGUCAGAUAUUUGAAACUUACAAUAUGGCCGCUUUGUGGAAGUUGCCUUGUAUUUUUGUCUGUGAGAAUAAUCGAUACGGAAUGGGAACUUCUGUAGAGAGAGCAGCAGCCAACACUAACUAUUACAAAAGAGGAGACUAUAUUCCAGGAAUAAGGGUAGAUGGUAUGGACGUUUUGUGUGUCCGAGAGGCAGCAAAAUUUGCAGCUGCCUACUCUAGAUCCGGAAAGGGCCCCAUACUGCUGGAACUACAGACAUAUCGUUAUCAUGGACACAGCAUGAGUGACCCUGGUGUCACUUAUCGUUCUCGGCAGGAAGUUCAGGAAGUGAGGAGUAAGAGUGACCCUAUCAUGCUUCACAAAGAUAGGAUGGUGCACAGCAACCUUGCCAGUGUUGAAGAAUUAAAGGAAAUUGAUAUUGAAGUAAGGAAAGAGAUUGAGGAUGCUGCCCAGUUUGCUACAUCUGAUCCAGAGCCACCUUUGGAUGAAUUAGGCCAUCAUAUCUACUGCAGCCAUCCACCCUUUGAUAUUCGUGGUGUGAAUCAAUGUAUCAAGCACAAAUCUGUAAGCUAA